UCCAGAUGGUGUUAAAGUUUGCAGAUGUGUGAUUUUAUAUUCAUGCAUGUAUUUAAAAAUGCUGGACUAAUACAGAUUUAAUUGACACAUUUUUUGAAAAUGUCAUUUAAAUUGUACUGAAUGUGAUGAUGUUUUAUUGAUAUUUGAAGGGAAGUUAUCUUUUGACUUUGGAUGUUGAAUCUUUUAUCGAAAACCCAGACAAUUGAAUAAUUUUAAGUGUUUUGAUAUAUAACUAGAGACAAGAAAUCAUGUUAUGAUGCAUCUGAUUGAGAGCUCUACAAUUUUCUAAUGUAAUUUACUUGAAAGUAUAUACUCAUUGUGACAGCUGAGGAAUGGAUAGAACAAUGCUAUUUUGUGGAUUUGUGGAGGGUGUGUGGCCUUGGGAUAAAAGGUGGACUAAAGGCACUCGUCCAAGUUUAAGGCAGAUCCAUACAAGGAUGUCUGCAGCAUACUUUCACAGAGGAAUUUCCAGACUUCGUGCUGAAGAGCUCCUUCAACAGGCAAAGGAUGAUGGGAGUUUUCUUGUGAGAGACAGCGAGACUUUGUCAGGAGCAUAUGUCCUAUGUUUGCUGCACCAGAACAGAGUUCACCAGUACAGAAUUUUACCUGGGAGAGAUGGAAAACUGUCAGUACAGACUGAGGGUGCUAAACAAGAAUCUUCGUAUAACGAUCUGAAUGCUCUAAUUGGUGAUUAUAUGACAAAGAAGAUGAAGAAUGGUUUAAUAUUUGCCAUGAGGUUUCCAAUAUCUCCUGAAAGAGAGGAAGAACAAGAUUCUGAUGAAGAGGACCAAGAAGAAUCCCGAUUGAUUCCAAUGAGUCCGAGCUCAACAUCAGUAUGUGGUAGUGAGUCUUUGGAUAACUUCCAAGACAGGGUAUAUACUGAACUACUACAAAACUAUUCCAAGUUAGAUCUCAGCAGCUGUGAUGAUAACCUUAAAAACUCCAUGAAGAAGUACAUAGAAAAUGGCUUUAAGAAGGAUAUCAGUACGUCAGAUACUUCUACACUCCCAGAAUUCCAGAAUAUGAUGGAGUUAGCAGCACUCAAUCUAAACAGAGAACUUGACAUGUACAGAAAGAAGUUGAUGCUUUUCAACAAUUUAUUUGACUUAGCUUCUAUCAAGAGAAGAGGGAGUCUAGCUUUAAGACAAAACUCAGUGGAGGCCACCACUUCAGACAUUCCAUCAAUGAUAGACAAGAUGAAUCAAUGUAGAGAUGAUAUCUUAACUAUAGAGAAUAAGGUACAAGAAGCAUUACAAUACACACAGCCUGUUCAGUAUGACUACCCUUAUACAGAUGUCAACGAGGCACAGGUUCCUAUAUCUACUACACCAUUCCUCUCCUCACUGAAUACUAAGAUUGUACCAACAACAAGUUUUGAUGUGAAAAUGUUAAAACAUGGCAAGAUUCCAUUUAAAAUGUCCUUGAGAGCAGAUAUACAAAAAGGUCAACUAUUAUUAAUAAAACCAGCUAAAGAUAACUUGGACCAUACAGCUCUGCAACAAGACCAAAUAUGCCAGCUUGUGAAGAAUACAAAUGACAAUACAAGAUUGGAUAUGAUUCUAGAUAAUAAAAAGAAACAGAUAUUUUGUUUUGAAAAUGUACAUAAACGUGAAAACUUUUGUCAACAAAUAAUGCAUAUGAAAAAUAAACAUUCCAAAGGAAAUAAUGUGGACCAGAUUUCUCUUUUUGUGGGAACAUGGAAUAUGGGUGACAAAGCUCCAACACAGAAUAUAUCAUCAUGGUUACAGUGUCAUGGCCGAGGCAAAAUAAUGGACCAUAAAAUAUUUGGACACAUUCCAUAUGAUAUAUAUGUGAUAGGUACACAAGAGAGUGCCAUGACAGAAAAGGAAUGGGUCAAUUUCAUAAAGAAACAGAUUACACAGUGUGGAUUUGCUGAAAUAGAAGUGGUUGAAGUUUGUACAUUAUGGGGAAUACGAUUAGUAAUUAUAGUUCAGAAAAAGCAUUGGCAUAGUAUAAAUAGAAUACAGAGGUCAUCAGUCAGGACAGGGAUUGCCAAUACAUUAGGUAACAAAGGUGCUGUUGGCAUUUCAUUUUAUUUUAGAGGAACUUCUUUCUGUUUUAUCAACUCGCAUCUUACAUCAGGAGACGAAAGAAAUGAAAGACGUAAUGCCAACUAUAGAGAUAUUAUAAAAGGUUUAUCAUUAGGACAGAAACAUUUAGAUUUGUUUGACGUAACUAACCAAUUCCAUCAUGUCUUCUGGUUUGGUGAUCUCAAUUACAGAGUGGAAGAUAAUAUAGAGGUUAUUUUAGAAAAAUGUGAAUCUCAAGAUAUACAAUACUUACUUGGAAAAGAUCAGUUGCUGAAAACACAACAUAAUAAAAAGGCUUUUUGUGGAUUCGAGGAAGCUAGAAUAGAAUUUAUGCCAACUUAUCGAUUACCUAGACAUAAACCGGAGUACAAUUAUGAUUGGCUGAAAAAGAAGAAUAGUGGGGAUAGAAUUAAUGCCCCAUCAUUCUGCGACAGAAUAUUAUGGAGGUCAUACCCAGAAACUUAUAUUGAAAAUAAAACUUACGGCUGUGCAGAAAAAGUUUUAGGCAGUGAUCACCGACCAGUUUUUGCCUCUUUUAAUGUUGGAGUGAGUUCAGAUUUUGUGAUGAACAGAGAUUCUUUAAUAGAGGAUUCCCCAGUGGAAAUACUAUUUGACGAAAUAGAAGCUCAGGUAAAGACCUGUUGUAAACAGUCUUUUGUGAUAGAAUUUAGAUCAACCUGUUUACAAGAAUUUGUCACCAGUCAGGCAAAUGCUACAUUUUUAGAGAACAAAACUGGUUUAUAUACCUGUCCUGUAUGGAGAUCUCCUCAACUUCCAAAAUUGAAGCCAUUGUUUGGAGACCAGGAUUACCUAGAAGAACAACACAUAAUGGUGGCAGUGCGAUCAAAAGAUGGAGACAAGGAAUCAUAUGGUGAAUGUGUGGUUGCUUUGAAGAAAAAGUUUGAAAAAAUGCCUCAACAAUUUGAAUGUAUGCUACUUCAUCAAGGGGAAGUAACUGGCAGACUAAAAGGGAAAAUGCAUGUGUUAGUAGGAGGAACAACCAAGAAGAAGAUUUCUAUAAAGUCAUAUGAACUUGUUGCCUUUGACACAGAUACUGAAGAGUACUGUGAUCCUGAUCUUAUCCAUUCUGAUGUCACUCCUGCAACACCAGAUGUUAUCCGCAUCACUCAAAAAUCUCAGAUGUCUCCUACAACUACAAAACAAACAUCUCCCUUAGCUCAAUUCAAACAAAAAGGAACCAGUAGACCAGUGACUGACAUGCCCAGGAGUUCUCGUUCAGAAGAAUAUGAAGAAAUUUCUGUUGGUCAGAAAUCAAGACCAGUUACUGAGGUUCCCCCUGGUAGAACAUUUAGUAAGAGAACACCACAAUAUGAAGAAAUAGAUCUGUUACAGUUUCCAGAGGCAACACAAACUACUGGUGCUAGACGUAAACAGCUUCCCCCACCAUCCUCAGACUCACCCAUCUCAUUCAGUGCUCCUCCUGAAGUACCCCCACCCCCAUUACCAAAGAAACAGGCUUCUUAUGUCAAUGUUAUACAGAGUGCAUCUCAGGCUAUGUUCCAACAGCAGAGUCAAGUACAACCUCGAAACGAUGUUGCUGAUUGGUUGAAUGGAUUAAGUUUGCAGCAGUAUAUUGAAAAUUUUGUGGAGCAUGGCUUUGAUUCCAUGAAACAUUUACGGUUAUCUCGACAGGACUUAGUAAAAAUAGGGAUUAAAGAUGUGACUCACAGAGAUAAAAUUCUUAGCAGUUUAUUUGAAUUUGAUAGCAACUGCUGAUAUUUUUUUAGUUAUCCAUGUUAAUAUCAAUAAUUUCUUUGUAUUAAAUACUAUAACUUAAUGUAAAUUGCAAAAGUAUACAAUAAGAUAUAUGUAUAACAUCACAAAUCUUUAUCAUGUGUUCUAUUUGGAAUAAAUUCAAAGUGUCUGAUUCACAUUAAAUUGAAUAAGUGUUAUGAAGACCCUGAUGUGAUUCAUAUAUCUUCUCGUGCUUAACUGUUGCUUGUUUUUAUUUUCUGAAAGAAAGUGUAUACCACAGAUUUUUAAAGUCAAAUAUGUCAUGACUGACACCAUUAUUGACAUGUUUGUGAUGAAGGGGCCAAAUGAUACUGUCAUGACUUAAUUGUUGUUUAAUAGUUAACUUCAAACUAUUUAUUGUUUAAAACAUUUAAAUUCAAAACUAGAUUUAUUUUGAACGAAUAUUCAUUUACCCUCCACAACUCAUGUCAACCAGACUAUGUGAUCAGAAUUAUUUUUUGGGUGGUUUCGAUGACACAACAAACACAUUUUGUGAGAUAAUGUGUGAUUUUAAACUUGACAUAUUGUUUAGCAACAUCACUGUUGUUAAUUCUAUAUGUUCACAAAGAAAUCUCCACAUUUUCUGUUUACAGUUUAGUUCAGUUUUAACUGACUGAUUGAAAAUUAUAUUUGACUGAAACUUUACAUUUCUAAUAUAACUUAAUUAUAACUAUAAUUAAGAGCUUGUCUUUCCCCUUAAGACUGAUCCACUAUACAUUUGUUGUACAUAAGUAACUUAGAAUAAUUUUAUCAUAGUGUUAUAGCAUUACUAUUCUUGUUAUAGAAAGAAGGCUAACUUUUUUAAUGAAGCUGCACAGUUUCAUUUUUGGAACAUUUAACAUAGGUGAUUAUAUUUUUUCACAUGUUUUUUUUAUAAUGCCAAAUGGUGAAUAAAAGGAAAUAACUCAGAUUUAUUAAUGUGUCAAUGAAUCACUAAAUCAGCAACACAAAUACAAGCUCAUUGUUGAAGGCCGUACAGUGACCUAUAGUUGUUAAUGUCUGUGUCAUUUUGGUCUUUUGUGGAUGGUUGUCUCAUUGGCAAUCAUACCACAUCUUCUUUUUUAUAUGUUUAAUUAGUUUAUUUUUGGCUCCCAUAUAGGUCCUUGUUUAUAAGUUGUUGAUUUUUUAUGGUGCUAUUUGUGUCUGUUUUCUGUAUAAAACAAUAACUUCCAGUAAAGGGAGAUAACUUGUACAGUACAUUAAUUUCUAUAUAAAACAUUAACUUCCAGUAAAGGGAGAUAACUUGUACAGUACAAUAAUUGUAUUAGAUUCUUGAUCUGUAUUAUAUUGUAUAUGGUCUGAUCAGGUAUUAUCCUUCAUUAUUAAUCAUGAUGUUUAUUGUAUGAAGGAGAUAAGAGAAUGAGAAACUAUCCUAUUAUGUCAUGUAUAUUUAUAUUGUAAAUUUCAAGUCAAAUGUAUACCCUGUUAUUUUUAAUGUUUUUAUAAAAGUUACCCAGUAAACAGUUAUUAACAUGCUCAGUGAUGUCUUUAUGUUUGCCAAAUCAACAGUUCAAUUGAAAAAGGGCCAUUGUCCCUCCAUCUGUUUGUUAAGGGUAUGGUAAUUUUCAUCAUUAUUUUCAAAUACAUCACAACUUCAAAACUGCUUUUUAUGAUGAUUACCUUGGACAGACUGGUCAACCACUCAUGGCAUUGCAAUUAAUCACUUAUUAGGGUGUAAAUCCCGUCACUUUUUUUGCAUUUAUAAAAGCAUUACAUGAACUUAUGACUUUUCAGUAUUUUGCCAAUUGCAUAAUUGAACUAAGGGAUCUUGUAUCUUACACAUCUAUUCAUUUCAUUGUGACCCUUUUUCUGUUUAGUAUUAUAUUAUAAGAUUUUAACAAGUUACAGUAUAUAUAUACAAUUAACAAAAAUGAGACUCUUUAUUUUGAAGAUCUGACAUUUAUAUGACAUAAUAUAUACUAUUUUAUACACACAAGUGUAAUAGAGAAUAAUGUUUUAUUACUGUUUGUUGCUGGAAUUACAAUGGAAAUAUUUUAUAUGUUAUUUUCAUAAUAAAAUAUUAAAAUAGCUA